ACGUCCCCCUCUCUCUCUCUCUCCUCUCCCAGCUUCGCAAGCCCUCUUUUCGGUUGCUUGGCUUCGGAGCGCCGUUCAGCGGCUCGUACGGACGACACACCGUCCACCGCCACCUCAGCUCUGGGUAUUUCCCACCGCUCCCCUUUCUCUCGCUCGCUCGAUCCGACCGCUCGUCCGCACGCCCCGCCUUCCCCCUUCCUUGCGGCCCCGUUUCCUCUUUUUAUUGGGGCGGUAGUCAACGGGGAGGGAGAGAGCGACUGACGAUCGGGGGAGAGGAGAGGGGGAAUGGGGAGGAACGGGAGCGUGAGGCGCAGCUACUCGGCGUCGCCGACGGACUACAAGCUCCUGGAGGAGGUCGGGCACGGGGCCAGCGCCACGGUGUACCGGGCGAUCUACGUCCCGGCCAACGAGAUCGUCGCCGUCAAGCGGCUGGAUCUUGAUCGCUGCAACAGUAACCUCGAUGACAUAUGGCGGGAAGCCCAAACAAUGAGCUUGAUAGACCACCCGAAUGUAAUAAGCGCUUAUUGUUCAUUCGUUGUUGAACGAUUCCUUUGGGUGGUCAUGCCAUUUAUGGCUGAAGGCUCGUGCUUGCACCUGAUGAAAUUUUCAUAUCCAGAUGGAUUUGAAGAACAUGUUAUAUGUUCAAUUCUUAAAGAAACAUUAAAAGCUUUAGAGUACCUUCAUAGACAUGGGCAUAUACAUCGUGACAUCAAGGCUGGGAAUAUCCUCCUUGAUAAAUCUGGUGUGGUGAAGCUUGGAGACUUUGGUGUUUCAGCAUGCAUGUUUGACAAAGGUGACAGGCAACGUGCAAGAAAUACUUUUGUAGGGACACCAUGCUGGAUGGCUCCUGAGGUGUUACAACCAGGAAGUGGUUAUGAUUUUAAAGCUGACAUCUGGUCGUUUGGAAUAACUGCACUGGAAUUGGCACAUGGUCAUGCUCCAUUUUCAAAAUAUCCUCCAAUGAAGGUUCUCUUGAUGACUCUCCAAAAUGCACCUCCUGGACUUGAUUAUGAUCGUGAUAAAAAGUUUUCGAAGUCUUUUAAAGAAAUGAUUGCAAUGUGCUUGGUUAAAGAUCAAACAAAGAGACCGACGGCGGAAAAAUUGUUGAAACAUUCAUUUUUCAAGCAUGCAAAGCCUCCUGAGAUAUCACUGAAAAGCAUUUUAUCUGAUCUUCCACCACUUUGGGAUCGUGUGAAAACACUCCAGCUUAAGGAUGCUGCACAACUAGCUCUCAAGAAAAUGCCAUCAUCUGAACAAGAAGCAAUAUCACAGAGUGAGUAUCAAAGAGGUGUUAGUGCAUGGAACUUUGACAUCGAGGACUUAAAGGCUCAAGCAUCAUUGAUUCAAGAUGAUGAUGACAUUUCUGAAAUGAAGGAAGAUGAAGAAACUAUGAGAGCUUUUGUUGUCAGCAAGGAUCCAUCCACAUCGAGAUCGAAUUCUGAAAAGUCAAUGUUUAACAACAAAACCAUUCCUAGAGAUUGUACUCAUGGAACAGAAUUCUCAGAGGCAAAGUGUUCAUCAAGAGAUGAAGUAUUGCAAACAGAGUUAGUGGAUACCAGUAAUCAAGAAAGGUUUGAUGGACAUGACAAUCACAGAUUAGAAAACAAUUUAGCACCACAAACAUCAAAGCAUGAUUCAGUGUGCAACCAAGGGAAAGUUGAAGUUGGAAAGAAACAACAAACUUAUAGUGGUCCACUUUUACCUUCUGGUGUGUCUGCCAUCUCAUUGUCAGAAAGAGGGCUCACCUCAGAAAGGACUGAAAGUGACAAUCAGCAAGGAACUGAGAAAUAUAAACGUGAUGCACGCAAAAUCACAAACUUUAGUGGCCCACUGAUGCUCCCAAACCGUGCCUCAGCUAACAGCUUAUCUGCUCCCAUGCGGUCUUCAGCAGGUUGUGGAGACUUAUUGGAGGACAAGAUUAAGCCUAAUGUGGUUCAAAUAAAAGGCCGGUUUUCAGUUACGUCGGAAAAUGUGGAUCUUGUAAAAGACUUACCACUAUCUAACAUUUCAAGAAGGUCAUCCCAGGGAUCUUCUUCCAUGAGAAAAUCUGCCAGUGUUGGUGAUUGUUUAGUUCAACCAAAACCAGCACCACCUGGUCAACAUCCAAAGGAAAUUAGCAACAGUAAUCCAAAGGAAUUUGGCAACAGUUCAGUACCUGCUUCCAUUGUCAUGCCCCACCUUCAGAAUCUUUUCCAACAAACAUCUUUUCAACGAGAUCUUCUUAUGAGUCUGUUGAAUAGUUUGCAACAAAACGAGAUAGUUGAUGUGUUCCCAAGUGGAAUGCCUUCCCAAACUCAAAAUUUGAAGAAUGAGAAGUUGUUGGAUGCUGCAUACACUGAAAGAGAGCGACUACUGCUAAGUAAAAUCUUAGAGCUACAAGCCAGGAUGAUUGGUCUAGCUGAUGAGCUGACUGCAGCAAAACUGAUUCAUUUUCAGUUGCAACAAGAGUUAAAUGCAUUGUAUUGCCAAGAAGAAGUAGAAGAAGAAGGAGAAGAAGAAUAUAGGAGGAAUGAAGAAAUAGAGGAAACCUGAUUAGUCCGGAGAAAUUCUGGGACAAUUUGUUGUGCAGAUAUAAAGAUAUUUCUGGCUGAGAUCUUCCUCGUACUUUGUUUGUUGACUAACCUCGCUUAAGAAGAUCUAAUAGAAAGAGCCACAGAAGUGAUCGGUUACUUGGCCACAACUCAAGACAGCAUACAGUUCUAGCUGGCUGGGGAUUUGAUUUGUCAGUGAUGGGGUCCAGAUUUUGCUUCGCUCUCACAAGGACGCCCAACCCACUUGUAAAUGGUCGGUGUCAACUUAGCUCUCGGGUGAUGUCAUUUUUGUGAAUUCAUUUGUUUGUAAUUUGGUAAUUGUCACUUUGUGGAGAACCCAUGGGGGGACACACCUUACAAUUAAAUCUGCGGCACGACAAGCGGCUCACUCUCUCUUUUUUCAGGCUCUUGUUUGCUGCUGUGAUUGCAUGAACAUUUAUUUGAAGUUUGACAUUUAGGGAUCAACGAGCAGGUAACUGCUUUUACAGUCUAUUUACUGUGCUGGAUGUUAUUGAGAUAAUAUAGUAAUCAUAUUUGUCUUCA